GAGUGCCGCCUCCCCUCUAUCCCGGAGCUUGGGCGGAGAGGGAGGAAAACUUCCUGGCCUGGGCUCCGGGCAGCUCCGUCCGCCAGCCCUCCGAUCCCGCCUACCAGUGCCCGGAGCUUCCCCACCCCUCCCCCGGCUCCCCAGUGUCCGCCAUGGCCAAAGCCUACGACCACCUCUUCAAGUUGCUGCUGAUCGGGGACUCGGGGGUGGGCAAGACUUGUCUGAUCAUUCGCUUUGCAGAAGACAACUUCAACAACACUUACAUCUCCACUAUCGGAAUCGACUUCAAGAUCCGCACCGUGGAUAUAGAGGGGAAGAAGAUCAAAUUGCAGGUCUGGGACACGGCUGGCCAGGAGCGAUUCAAGACGAUCACCACCGCCUACUACCGCGGGGCCAUGGGCAUUAUCCUAGUGUAUGACAUCACAGAUGAGAAAUCCUUCGAGAACAUUCAGAACUGGAUGAAAAGCAUCAAAGAGAAUGCCUCUGCAGGGGUGCAGCGUCUGCUGCUGGGGAACAAGUGUGACAUGGAGGCCAAGAGGAGAGUGCGGAAGGAGCAGGCCGAUCAGCUGGCUCGGGAGCAUGGAAUUCGAUUCUUCGAGACAAGUGCCAAAUCCAGCACAAAUGUGGAUGAGGCUUUCAGCUCCCUGGCCCGGGACAUCUUGCUCAAGUCAGGAGGCCGGAGAUCGGGAAACAGCCACAGGCCCCCUGGCGCGGACCUGAGAGCUUGUGACAAGAAGAGCAGCAGCAGGUGCUCCCUCGGCUGAGGACCUGGGCCUGGACGCUGGGCCGAGGGCGGGCAGGUGGGGCUCGGGGUGGAGGUGGGUAGAUGGCAGAUGGCCGAGCGGGGAGCAAAUGCAGAAGAAAAGGAGGAACGCGAGAGGAGAGAAGGUAGAAUAGAGAGGCAGGGAGAGGCGAGGAGGAGAAAGAUGGCAGGAAGUCAGAGAAGGUGAGGGGCAGGAAGGGAGGGAGGAGGGAAGCAAGGGCCCCGGGCGCCAGGCCCUCCCUGGACUUGUAAGGCAGACAGAAGUGUAAAUAAACAGUUGGCUCGUCGUCGUUACCGGA